AUGCUUCAGCCUUUUUCAAAAAACAAAGAUACAUCUACUAUAACUAAGGCUCAACUACAAACAAGACUUGAAGUUUUGGAAGCAGACUGGAAAAAGUUUGACAAAGAUCACGAAAGGAUCUGUGAGUCAAAGACCGAAUUGCUAGAAAAUCUCGACUAUCUAAAUGAAGACCACUACAGCCGCGGAAAAGAAGCUUACCUCAUCAACAAAUCGGAAAUGAUGGACCUCCUUGACUUAGUCUCAACGUCAUCUCUCCAAAAUAUCCUGAUACACACGAGGCAUGGGAGCUUCACCAACGCAUCUCGACAGAACCAUCAUCGCUGCAAGACCUACAGACCUUCAUCGAAGGACGUGUACGGGCUUUGGAAAAUAUUGAAGCCAGGGAAUAAUCUCACUCGAGUGGAAUGGAGGAUUUUGCCAAAGAUCCAGUUCAGGUUUUAUCUCCUGAAAAUCAAACGUGUGAAGAACACUUUCAAUCAACGCACUCUAGGACUGAAACUGGAAGGUCUCACCAAAUCAUCUUCCUGCUGUGUGGAACUUCACGGGUUUUCAGAUGCAUCCCAGUCUGCAAUGGCUGCUGUUGUGUAUAUUAAAGUAAGGUCUGAGUCAGGUAUUUUUGUAAACAUUGUUUGUGCUAAAACCAGAGUUGCAUCUCUUAAGAAAAUGAGUAUCCCCAGACUAGAGCUUACAGCAGCAUUAAUGUUGGUGCGUCUUGCAAAAUAUGUCAGAGAUAUUCUAGAUAUCAAAUCUGCUCCAUUGUGGUUGUGGACAGAUUCUCGUGUAACUCUUACUUGGAUUCAGAACCACCCAUCCAAGUGGAAAGACUUUGUUUGUAAUCGAGUUAGCAUUAUACAGGAAACAGAGCCAUUAGCUCGUUGGAGGUAUGUUCCUGGCAAAGAGAAUCCAGCCGAUUGCGCUUCACGUGGGUUAUCUCCUAAAGCUCUCGUGGACCACAAGUUGUGGUGGUCAGGACCCUCGUGGCUCGCGGAAGAUUCUGUAAAUUGGCCCAUGAGUUCCGACGAACUUGCAGAGGAAGCCGUGUCUGAGCAGCGCAGUCAGAAAUCAACGUAUUUAUCCCAAUCUAAAUCAGAACCUGACUUACUUUCUCGCUACUCUGAUCUCAAUAAGCUACUUCGGAUCACUGCAUGGUGUCGAAGAUUUAUCAAUCGUCUCAAGAAAAUUGACAGUAUAGAACACACUCCCUAUCUGACACCCAAAGAAUUAAAUGAUUCUUUACUACUUUGGACAGGUAUUGUUCAGCUAGAAGCCUUCAAUGAAGAUCUAAAACAACUCACUAAUCAGAAACCAAUCAAUAAGUUGAGUAAACUCCGCAAUUUCACUCCGUUUCUUGAUCAAAAUAAACUUAUCAGAGUUGGAGGUAAACUCAACCAAUCCACUCUUGAGUAUGACUCAAAACACCCACUUCUCCUCCCAAAAGAUUCUAAUCUUUCAAAAUUAAUAAUAUCUGAUUCCCACCUUCGUACACUACACGGUAGUACAAGCAUUACAUUAUCAACCAUUAGACAACGUUUUUGGAUUCUCGGUGGUCGCCCAGCUAUUAAGAAAGAACUACUACGGUGUGUCACUUGUGCUCGAUACAGAGCUGAACGAGCUCAGCAACUUAUGGGACAGCUUCCUACAUCUCGAGUCACCCCUUCACGACCAUUUCUCCACUCUGGUGUGGACUACGCAGGUCCAUUCGUUAUCAAGACUUGGCGAGAAGCAUUCAUUGCAGCAUAUAAGAGAUUCACAGCUCGCCGUGGAAUUUCUUCCACUCUGUCCAGUGAUUGUGGUACUACAUUUAUCGGUGCUGAUGCAGAACUAAAACGUCUAUUCACGGCUUCAACAACGACAAGUACCAAACUAAGAGAUCUUCUAACUAAAGAUGGAACAUUGUGGAAAUUUAACCCUCCAUCUGCUCCUCACUUCGGUGGUCACUGGGAAGCAGGAGUUAAUUGUGUGAUCCAGAUUAACAUUGACUUUGGAUACUCCAUGUAG